AUGCCGUCGUCUUCCGGAAGAACUUCAUCUCACUCGUCAAACCCUAGUACCCCAACUUCAAAUCUCCGCCCACUUCCUAUUCAGUACGCUCACAGCCAGACCUCUGCUCCACCACCACCACCGCGUGGCUCUGCUCCACCACCACCACCGCGUGGCUCUGCUCCACAACCAACACCGCGUGGCUCUGCUCCACAACCAACACCGCGUGGCUCUGCUCCACAGCCACAACCGCUUGGCUUUACUCCACAGCCAUCAGCGAGUGGCACUGCUCCACAACCACAACCAUUCCGUCCCCAGCCUCUUCGUCCACAGCCAUAUGUUCCACCAACGUUUUCUCCACCGGCGUAUGCUCAAUCGCCAGUCCAUAUGGAGACGGACGAUGAACCACCGGAGAACUAUCCACUCCCGGAGGAGCCUCAAGCACCACAACAAGAUCCGCCUAUAAGUAUUUACGACUUGCUGCGAACUCCAGGUCGUGAAGCUUAUUUACCAAUCUUGGACCCAUGUCACACCGAAAACACAACAUGGUUUGAUCGAGAUGAUGGGAAACUGGUUCGCAAAAUCUCGAAGAUUUUGAAAAGCAAGUUUGAUGGUGCUUACUAUUGCUGGACAAAAACGCCUAAACAUGUCCAAGAGAGAUGUUUCAUAGCCUUUGCGCAAGCGCACCAUUGGGACCCCUUGAUCAAUUCACUUGUGGAAGAUGAAUUCAAGGCCAUUGCUUUACUACGCAUGAAAGAUAUGGUAUGCAAAGCGAAGAAAAAAGGCGCUCGACCAAAUUGGAUCGGGGAAACAUUGUGGAGAACAAUGUGCUCUUACUGGGCCACGGAGGAGGCCAAAGAGAGGAGUUGUACUGCAUCAAAUGCAGUAAACUUUUUCCGAAAGAUGGACUGGGAAGGCGCAUACAUCGGUCAGGACAAAAGUCCUAUUCGCGGGUCCAAAGAGAUAUGGUAA